UCGCCUUUCUUCACGUUAUUACGACUUCAGCCACUGGAGUUAGCUACUCGCUCGACCGUAUCGGUGGUAUUUUAGUAUCGUUUAUACUGUUUUUAACAGUGACGUUGACAUAUAUUUAUAUUAUAUCACGUGUCGUGAUUGAUUUGUCGUUUUUGCCCUAUUAAGGGAACUACUCUGCCCUGUAUUAUAACUAACGUUACCUAUUUUCAGCUAACGAAAGUCCUUAGCACUUGUUUUUGCUAGCAGUACAAGCUAAUUAACGUUAUCAGCAAACGCCUUGACGCUUCCGUGUGCCAAAUAGACGUCGAACUUUCUAUAACUUGAUAACCUGAAAGUACCUCAAACAACCUGUCACUGCAAAUAUGGAUCAAGUUGAAGUCUCUUCCAAAGAAGUAAAGAGUCCUUGGGGGGCUGCGAAACCAGUUCAGACCCCAUGCUCCCUGGCUGACGUAAUGAGUGAACAACUGGCCAAGCAACUGGAUGAGGAAGGCAAUGCCAUCCCAACUUGUUCAGAGGCGGAUGUGGAACUCGUGACCUCUCCAGAGGCAGAGACAGACAGUGACCUGAUGUUGGCCCAGAUGCUGCAGAUGGAGUUUGACAGGGAGUUUGACUCACAGCUGCGCAGAGAGGAGAAGAAGUUCAAUGGAGACAGCAAAGUGUCCAUCUCCUUUGAGAACUACCGCAUGGUUCACCCCUAUGAGGACAGCAACAGCUCUGAGGAGGAGGUUGAUUGGCAGGACACCCGAAACGACCCCUAUCGAGCUGAUAAACCAACCACCACCCCCAAAAAGGGCUUCACUGGCAAGGGCAAGAACAUCACCACUAAACACGACGAGGUGGUUUGUGGGAGGAAGAACACAGCACGCAUGGAUAACUUUGCCCCAGAGGUGCAGGUGGGCGAUGGGAUGGGCAUGGACCUGAAGCUCUCCAACCAGGUGUACAAUGCUCUGAAGCAGCACUGCUACAGUGAGCAGCGCCGCAGUGCCCGGCUGCAUGAGAAGAAAGAGCACUCCACGGCUGAGCAAGCAGUGGACCCCAAGACUAGGCUGCUGAUGUACAAGAUGGUGAAUGCUGGGAUCCUGGAGACCAUUAAUGGCUGCAUCAGCACAGGGAAGGAGUCUGUGGUGUUCCAUGCCAAUGGGGGCAGCAUGGAGGAGAAAGCCGUUCCAGAGGAAUGCGUGCUCAAGGUCUUCAAGACCACACUGAAUGAGUUCAAGAACCGGGACAAGUACAUCAAGGAUGACUACCGCUUCAAGGACCGCUUCAGCAAGCUGAACCCCCGCAAGGUCAUUCGUCUUUGGGCAGAGAAGGAGAUGCACAACCUGGCUAGAAUGAAGAAGGCGGGCAUCCUGUGCCCAGAGGUGGUGAUCCUGAAGAAGCACAUCCUGGUGCUGUCCUUCAUUGGUCAUGACCACGUGCCCGCUCCCAAGCUGAAGGAUGCCAUGUUGAACAGUGAGGACAUGAAGCAGGCUUACUACCAAGUACUGGACAUGAUGCAACAAUUGUAUCAGGAGUGCAACCUUGUCCAUGCUGAUCUGAGCGAAUACAACAUACUAUGGCAUGAUGGGAAGGUGUGGAUGAUUGAUGUGAGCCAGUCUGUGGAGCCUACACAUCCCCAUGGACUUGAGUUCCUGUUUCGUGACUGCAGGAAUAUCUCCACUUUCUUUGGCAAGGCCGGUGUGGCAGACGCCAUGGAUGUGUACGAGCUCUUCAAUGCUGUGUCUGGGCUACAGAUUAAUGGAGACAACGAGGCAGACUUCUUGGCUCAGAUUGAAGCCAUGGAGAAGAGGAAUGAGGACCAUGUGCAAAAGCGCAGCAAGAAGACUUUCCCCACCAGCGACGAGGGGCCGCCUCUGUUACAGAGCGACAUCUAGCAACAAGGCAACUUUGGUGCUGAAUGACACAGUGAUACUGUGUUGUCAUUUAUCAUGUUGAGGUGCUGGAUACGCCAGUAAGCAGGACAGCUGUGAGGGGCUAUCAACAAUUACUGCCACUCUGCUGUUACUGCUACUGUUGUUGUCGUCGUUGUUGUUGUUGAGUGGUAUGGAAAUGUCAGAAAGACCGCAAACUCACAAAAAAUGCCGCACAUCAGUCUCGCACAUAAUUAUGUUAUAAUUGAGCAUUUGUAUGUAACAAGCCAGUGUUGGCGCAUAACUCUGGUUGGGUGAAGUCAAUCUGACUGCUUUUUGGUUUGAACUUAGAAAAUGAAUUAAAAAGGCAAAACAUGUAAUUGUUAGUCGUCAUCAUAGUGUCCUUGUGAAUUAAAUGUUUUAUCAGGUGGUCUGGCUACUGUUGAAUGCGGCUUUUUCCUGUAAGCAUUUAAUAUGCAAUGUCCUGUACAGCCUAGUAGAAGCAUAGAUUCCAGAAUGGAACACUCAUCCAGGUAUGCCUUCCUUUCUGCCUCAAAGUGGUAUGUGAGAAUAACAAAUCCAAAGGAGUUCGCUACUGGAGAGCGGAGGGCUUGCUUCGCAUGUGUGGUCCCUGUGAACCUGUUUACUCUGUGUGAUGAAAAUAAAUUCAUAAAUGUUUUGAAUUGCAUAUAACCACGUAUUCCCUUCUUUAAAGAUGGAAUAUUUUUUUUGCUUUUGUCUUACCAAUGGCUGAUGGUUGUGUGUUUGGUACUUCUCACAUGUCUGAUUCAGCAUGCAUGUAACUGAAUCAGGCUAGCCAGCCAUGUAAGCUUGUAUUUUCCUAUUAUUUAAGAAUGCAGUGUGGAAGGGGUGUUGAGUGUUUGAUACUAAUAGCUGCUCAACUACUAAAUUAAAACUGCUGAACUUAA